AUGGCCUCAAACGAAAUAUCCGCAGAUGGUUCAGGUUCCUCGAACCAAUAUUCUGCUCCAGCGCCUCAAAUGAGUAGUCAAGCUCCUGCUGGUUCAAAUGCUGCACCUAGCUCGCAGCUUCCGGGACAUGCUUCAUUUAGAAGACAACGAGCUUCACGAGCUUGCCAAACAUGCCACGCUCGAAAGGUAAUGUUACGCAAAAUUAUUGCGCCGUCGCAUUGUCGUGCAGCUUCGAGGGUGCCUUGCACGAAUUGCGUCGCCUUCUCCAUAGAAUGCAAGAUCCCAACGCCGAAACGCAAGAAGACAAAUAACAAAAACAAAGAUUCUGAUAGGUAUAAAUUACCUCGGGUCUCUGAAGGGCUUGCAGCUGACGAGGGUAGCGACCGAGGAGAAACAAUUGACGAACGAUCACCUCAGAACAAUGAUUCCCCAAGUACCCAAACUACCAGGACCUCGAUCGGCUAUAACACUCAAGAUGGAACACCUACGACUUCUCUCACUGAAGCUCAGGCUCGUCAGCGGGAUAGUGACGAAACUACCUACGCUCAAUUUAUGAAGCCUAAAUUCACCAGAGCGCCCAUAAAGGAGGCAGGAAGAGUAGCAUAUCUAGGAGAAUCGUCGAAUUUGACACUCCUCGUACACGACCGACAUGGCAACGCGGAUGUUGUACAUUAUCCUUUACCAGAGAAUAUUAGAGGAUCUAGGGCGAGGCUGACGGAAUUGGAUAAUGUGGAAAUUGAUAUCCUACAUCAACGGGGAGCAUUUUUGCUCCCUCCUAGGUCUCUUUGUGAUGAACUGGUAGAUGCAUAUUUCAAAUGGGUUGCUCCAAUUGUACCUGUAAUCAAUCGGAACAGAUUCAUGAGGCAAUAUCGCGAUGCGAAAAAUCCUCCUUCGCUUUUACUACUGCAGGCUAUCCUCCUGGCUGGAUCCAGGGUCUGUACAAAUCCCCAAUUAAUGGAUGCUAAUGGAUCUACGACUCCCGCUGCCUUGACAUUUUACAAGCGUGCGAAAGCACUUUACGACGCGAACUAUGAAGAUGAUAGAGUUACUAUUGUACAAGCUUUGGUCUUGAUGGGAUGGUAUUGGGAGGGACCAGAAGAUGUAACGAAGAACGUAUUUUAUUGGAGCAGGGUUGCGACAAUUGUAGCACAAGGUUCAGGCAUGCAUAGGAGCGUUGAAGGUUCUGCGCUCAGCAAAGCCGACAAGAGGCUCUGGAAGCGAAUCUGGUGGACGCUAUUUACCCGUGACCGAUCGGUUGCCGUUGCUCUUGGCCGCCCUGUGCAUAUAAAUACCGAUGACUCCGAUGUGGAGAUGGUUAGUGAGGAUGAUUUCGUCGAAGAUGAGACCGAUCACCCCGCCGAAUUCGUCCAAGAUCCUGUGCAUGUCCAAUUUUUCCUUCAAUAUGUGAAGCUUUGCGAAAUUAUGGGAUUGGUUCUCUCACAGCAGUAUAGCGUAGCUUCAAAAGCUCGACGGCAAAAUGCGAUCGACCUCACCCACAGUGAUAUGGCAUUGGCAGAUUGGUUGUCUCAUUGUCCUAAGGAGGUAUAUUGGGAAAUGCCUCGACAUCAAUUUUGGGCAGCCUUAUUACAUUCAAAUUACUAUACAACACUCUGCUUGUUACAUAGAGCGCAUAUGCCACCCGCUACUACACAGAGAGGUAAUUAUGAGGAAAAUGUAUAUCCAUCUCGAACUAUCGCAUUUCAAGCUGCAGGAAUGAUUACCUCCAUCAUUGAGAACUUAUCGGCACAUGAUGAGCUUCGAUACUGUCCAGCAUUUAUCGUGUACAGUUUAUUCUCUGCAUUGAUUAUGCAUGUUUAUCAAAUGCGAUCCUCAGUGCCAUCCAUCGUUGCAGCUACCCAGGAGCGAAUGCGAGUCUGUAUGAAUGGCUUGAAGGAUGUAUCAAGAGUUUGGCUCGUGGCUAAGAUGGUUUACACACUAUUUGAGUCCAUCUUGGGAAAUAAGGUUCUUGAGGAACGUCUCCAGAAAGCUGCUGGAAAACGACAUAAACGUAUGGUACAGAGCAUUAGCGAGGGCCUUAAUCACGCUAAGAAUGAAUCACAAAAGAGAAAAUAUGACGAUAUGUCACUGGAUUUUGCUGUGGGUAGUGGACCUGCGCCACAGGAAUCGUACGAGAGGUCCAGACCACAAACACCAAGUCAAGGUUAUAAUUCAUCAUCGAUGCCUGCGCCACCACCUAUUACAUCACCAAAUCAGCGUCAGAAUCGAGAUACCUUUAUGGGAGGUUCUAAUUCUCGUCCUCAUACACGUCCGCCCACACCUUUCAACCCCUCAUACUCCGUCCCGGCUACGCCCCCGGAUCUCUAUCUUGUUACUAGAAACUCCCCAAACAUAUCACAAUCUCUCUGGGAAAACUUUCAACCAGAUCAGUUGUUCCCUGAAGGUGGUCCUAGUUUGAAUAACAUUCAAUUCUCCCCACCAAGUCAUCCCAACCUUGAUCCAAAUCUCAUGCCUCAUUUAGGCCAACCUGGAAUGAGUGGUAGUCCAAUACAAGGCGGUGGAAUGCUUCCAACUGGAGUUCCUCCUAAUUAUAAUAUGGGCCAAGGUAUGUGGCAGCAAGGCUUUGAGCAGCCAAUGCAUGAGCCUCAAGGCCAAAGUCCUAGUGAUACCUGGAGUAAUAGUUCUGCACAAGCGGUUCCUACAACUUUAAAUGUUGAAGAUUGGUUUCAAUUUUUUGGAAUUAACGGGGAUUUAACUGGUAUGAAUGGCGAUGUCCCACUCGCUUGAUUCUUCUUGGAAGGAUUUGGAUAUGGAAAAGGAAACCGGCCGGUUACUACUUAUGAGCAAAGACUUGCUUGGCGUGGUUCUCGAUGAGCUCUUUCCUCGAGUACUUAAAAAAUAGUCAUGGAGCG